CCAUUUUGCUUCUCGGUACUGGCGGGUCGGGAAAGACUACAGUUAUGAACCAACUUAAGAUCAUACACGGUGGGGGGUUAGGGGGUGGCGAGCUUCGAGCACAAAUGGCACGUUCUAUACAAGAAGAAGUUGUGAACCGUGCCUGAAAGGUUUUGAAAGAGAUGGCUUACAACGGGAUCAGUUUUUCUAAUGCUGAAGUACACGAAAAAGCGAAGCGGACACUGCCAAACAAAGUUAGCAUUCUUGGAGUCGACAUUGUACGAGAAUGCUUGUGCGAAAUGUGGAAAGACACCAAAGUUCGGAAAUUUGUUCUGGCACCUUACGUCUACAACUUGUGCUUCGACAAUCUUGUUCACUACUUAAAUAAUGCGAGCAGAAUCUUCAGAGAAGACUAUGUCCCUACACAACAGGCUUUUACUUUGCAGGAUAUCUUAUUAGCCCGAGUCAAGACUACAGGUGUAAAUGAGACUUGGAUUCGAUUGAGAGAAGUUUGGCUUCGAAUUGUUGAUGUUGGCGGGCAAAGGUCCGAGCGAUUGAAGUGGGUCAAAUGCUUCACGGAUACUAAUAGUAUAUUGUAUUGCGUCAGUCUGGACGGAUAUGCAUUACCAUCGGAAGACGAUUGCGCGGUAAACAGCAUGCAUGAAAGCUUGAAUGUAUUUGCAAAUGUUAUAAACAAUCAAUUUUUGCUGAAAGCACCGUUGAUCAUUUUUUUCAAUAAAAUCGAUUUGUUUCAACGUCUUGUCAGAUGGAUUCCCUUGACAAUCUGUUUCCCGGAAUACGAAGGCGACGUGAGCUUCAACAAAACUACAGAUUAUAUCGUGAACCGUUUUACAAGACGUAUAACAAGAGCAUCACGACGACCUGUAUACAAGCAUUUUACUUGUUGCGUGGACACUGCAAUGAUUUCUGAUGUCUUUAAAAGUGUAUUUGACAACAUUCUGAGUAAGCGUGUGGAAGCAUUCAACACUAAUCUGAAUUGAUACCAUAUCCAGCAACUAAUUUUAAAACGCGCUGGUGAUUCCAACGCCCUACAGGCACGUACGGAAAAAUCGAUCCCCUUGAUUAAAGCGAACGCAAACACGAAUGGGAAUAAGCGUUGUUGCGAAAGCGUGACUGGCGCUGCAUACGCGCUUUGUCUCAUUUUUCUAAGUACAGUUGUUUCGGGCGACUAAAUUGCUUCUUACAAUUCAUAGGAACUUGAGGCAGGGUCUGCUACUAUGCUGAGUAGCACUUGUUUUAGAGUGUCCGUAAGAGUUUCAGCGACUUUUGUAAGAUGUUCAUUGUGUGACUGAAAGUCAUUUGAAAGAGUCACUAUAGCAUAUGUUUGUGUAUGAUACCGUACAGUUUUAUUCCAAAGUGAUAAUAGGGUGUCGAGUUACAGGUUUGCGCUAUAUAUGCUUCACAUUUCAGUUGUUCUCUCACAUUUUAAAUAAUAGAUGAUUCAGCGUGUCGUCUCUGGCCCGUGAUGCGACGAAAAUGAAACUCAAUACUUUACCUGUUAUAGUUUUAUAAAAAUGAGAUCGGCGUGAAUAAAAUACGUUCCAUGUC